GAGAAUGGCAUGAGAGUGGAGAGAGUAGGAAAGCAGGGCAUAUAAUUAAAUAAGAUUCCUAGAAGAUCUGAACGGGAGAGUAGGCUACUAGUCCCUGAGCUGCUGAUUUAAACAGGACACUCAGAAGAGUAGUGGGACGCUGAGUUAAUGGAUCUUUCUUGAGGCAUUGAAUACUUACGGCGUCGCUGUUCAUGGAGAUCUGGACACUUCUAUUCCUGGCUCAUAUAUCACAGCUGCCCUGCAUGAAUUGAAGCCACUAAUGAUGACCCCAGCGAUGGAGAAGGAGGCGAGGUCUGUAGAGAAAGGGGCUACUCUUACAUCCCAUCUCUCCAGAGCACUCAAGCUGCUUACUGGGGACAUGCGUGUGUAUGGAGAAUGGAUCAAAAGGCAGAUUGUGGUGGUCCAGGUGGUGGACUGGGUCCUACGUGGGGUGGCCCAGGUCAUGUUUGUCAACAACCCCCUCAGUGGACUGCUCAUCACGUUUGGCCUGGUGCUGCAGAACCCCUGGUGGGGCCUGAACGGACUGCUAGGAUCCCUCGCUUCCACACUGUCUGCACUCCUGAUUAGACAAAACAUGGGUGCCAUAUCUGCUGGUUUAUAUGGCUACAAUGGGACCCUGGUUGGAAUGCUGAUGUCUGUAUUCUCGGCCAAAGGGGACUGGUACUGGUGGCUUCUGCUCCCUAAUAUGUUCAUGUCCAUGUUAUGUCCCAUAGUCUCCAGUGCCCUGGGCUCAGUGUUCAGCAAAUGGGACCUCCCUGUGUUCACUCUACCAUUCAACAUCCUUGUGUGUUUGCACAUGGCUGCCAUGGGGUCUAACCACCCCUACUUUCCAGAGGUGCUAGUGCAGCCAAAGUCCUCCCUCCAUCUGAACACCACCUUGGCAGAACGAAGCAUACCUCAGCUCUUGAUGGCGGUGCCAGUUGGCGUGGGUCAGGUGUACGGCUGUGACUGCCCCUGGACAGGAGGAAUCUUCAUCAUAGCCCUGCUGCUUUCCUCCCCAACCAUCUGCAUGCACGCUGUACUGGGCUCUAUUGUUGGUGUAGUGUCCGGUCUUGUUCUGGCUGCUCCUCAUGAGGACAUCUACUCAGGACUGUGGGGCUACAACAGUUGUCUGUCCUGCAUCGCUAUUGGAGGGGUGUUCUAUGCACUGACAUGGCAGAGUCAUCUACUGGCUAUUACCUGUGCCUUUUUCUGUGCGUACAUGGGUUUGGCCAUUUCAAAUCUGAUGUCCAUAUUUGGGCUACCAGCAUGCACCUGGCCUUUCUGCCUGUCUACCCUCACCUUCCUCCUCAUCACCACUGAAUCCAGAGCCAUACACAGACUGCCUCUGUCGGCCGUGACGUACCCUGAGGAGAACAGGCGCUACAACAAAGAGGGGUCACCAGAAAAUCACCAGGAGGUUCAGCAGAACAUCAGUAAAGAGGAGAAACUGCUGGAGAAAAGAGAAGAGAUAAAGCCUCAUAUCAGCCUGUCAGUAGAGUAGUGUGUGUUCUGAGGACACGAAGUGAAUAGCCCAUCUCUCCGUGAAUGCUGGUAGCCCAUGGAAAAAUUAUAGGAAAAUGUUAGCAAAUUAUAGUAAAGUCAACGCUGGAGUUCGAGACAUUGAAAACAUAUUGGCUAGGAUAUCAAUAGCUAUUGUCUUACAGUCAAAGAAACCUCUGACUUAAUUUCAUCUUCCUCUACUGUUUUGAAAAGCACAGUUUUUCUAUCCUGGAAUCCACACUGAAUAUGAUUCCGGGCUGGAGUUUCACUAUAUUCUACAAAUACUUUUGCAAUGAGCCUAAUAGUCUCUGGACUACAACAAGUUUAGCAUCCUUACAUUGGACUCAAUAUUUUUUUGUAGAAUUUAUAGUUGUGUUUUGCUAGUACACCUUUUUACGUAUGGGCUUUGAUUCAGGCUGUACCACUAAUUUGUAAUAACUUUAUUGCUCAGUAGAGGGCAGCACUCACCAAAGGAAGCCGAUGCUACUGCUGUGUCUGAAUGAGUCAUUUCUGGAAUCUCAAAAUAAGCACUGUUUAUAUGAAACACUUUCUGUUACAAGUUUACUUAUUCUAUUUAUUAGAUUAGUAGAGAGGUGAGGUGGGAUACAACCGAACAAAAAUACAUUUCUUCUCUUUGGAUGUAGAGAGGAAUUUACAGUGCAGUAGAUCACAGCAGUUCAGCCAGUGAGUUGUUAAAGGGCGCUCUCAUUAAGUUCUCUUCCAGAAAAACCAGGCUAUUUUCAGACCGGUACUGUACAUCACGACCUCGCCUCAUCUGCACUCGGAGGUAGAGUCAUAUUAUUGGAGAGGACAGUGAUGGAUGUGAAGAAGACACAUUUGUGAGAGAUAUUCUCUGAAACGUGUCCACGAUCCUCUUUGUUUCACCAGUCCCCUCCCAACAUCAGGUGGGAAGUAACUGCAUAAAUUAUACUGUGUGUGUGGGUACGUAUGUAUAUCUGUAUAUAUUUUCUCGGUGUGUCUGUGUUAAACCGUGACACACGUUCAGUGACAGUCACACUCCCAGACACGUGAGAGUAAAAGCAGACAGGAGAGAGGGAGGGGAAUAGAGCAGAAACAAGAUGAGGGGUUGGGCGAGGAGAUUGAAAAAAAGGAUUACUCAACUAAAAAUGAACUGAAUCACGUUCUUGGUAGUCCACUUCCUCACAUCUUCCACUCUCAUUAAAACAGCUCUGGGAACUGGUCGUCACUCUAGUUACCACAGCCACAUAGUCAUAAUCAUGGCUAAACUCGCCUAUUUCUACAAUUUCUCUUCUUAAAAUCUGAUUUUAAAUCUAACCUUAACCACACUGCUAACCUUAUGCCUAACCUUAAAUUAAGACCAAAAAACUAGGCCAUUUUUUCUCAUGAAUUUCUACUACAGUGCCUUUGGAAAGUAUUCAGACCCCAUGACUGUUUCCACAUUUUGUUAAGUUACAGACAUUCUAAAAUGGAUAAAAUAUCUAUUUUUUCCUCAGCAAUCUACAUACAAUACCCCAUAAUGACAAAGCCAAAAAGGUUUUUAGAAAAGAACAGAAAUACAUUAUUUACAUAAGUAUUCAGACCCUUUGUGAUGAGACUUGAUAUUGAGCUCAGGUGCAUCCUGUUUCCAUUGAUCAUCCUUGUGAUGUUUCUACAACUUGAUUGGAGUCCACCGAUUUAGAAUUUGAGGCUGUGGUAACUAGUGACAACCCUGGGGACUAUUCCAAACACACCAUCACUCUAGCGAUGGGUGAUUCUGAUCGAAUUCCUCAGGGAUUCCUGCUUUAACUUCUCACACGUGUGCCAACCUCAGCGACUGAUUUAGACUCAGAAAACCAGACAAACUCUGCACUCAAUCUACAAAUCAAAUGUAUUUUAUAAAGCCCUUUUAUUUAAAUGUUUUACAUGAACAGUUGUCACAAAGUGCUUUACAGAUUACAGGCUAGGAUAAACAAACCCAGUGACAUUAACUGAUGAACAGGUACUUCAUGAUUAGAGUUGUCUUACCCUGCUCUAUUCAGAUCAACACACUACUGAUCUACACUAAGUUACACUGGGCUCUGUAACCUUUCAGUGACUGAAUAGACUGUGACAGACAGUGUGUGAGUGGGAUGAAGAGGGAUGAGGUGGGUUAGUGUCACUUACUUUGGGAAUGCACUGUCCUUUGUGAAUGCUGAGAGCACAAUGUGACUCAGCAGCACCUACUACUCCCACAUAGGGGAAGGUGGUGGACUGGACUUACCACACACACUGCCACACACCAUAAUCUGUUCAUCUGUCAUAGGUCAAACACUGAUCAGAGGAAGAAAGAUUAACUCAUGGGAUAUUGUCAUUCAUAAUCAUGCUUUCAGUUUCUCAUUAGCCAUGGGUCAUGAUAUACAGUGCCUUCAGAAAGUAUUCAGACCCCUUGACUUUUUCCACAUUGUUACAUUACAGCCUUAUUCUAAAAUGUAUUUUAAAAAUUAAAUCCUCAGCAAUCUAUACCACAUAAUGACAAAGCGAAAACAGUUUAUUUUUAGAAAAUGUAUUUAAAAUAAAAAACGGUGGUUAAAAAUAAAACACCUGUGGUGAAUUCAAAUGAUUGGACAUGAUUUGGAAAGGCACACACCUGUCUAUAUAAUGUCCCACAGUUGACAGGAAUUGAGCGCUACAGGAGUUGUCCGUAGCGCUCCGAGACAGGAUUGUGUCGAGGCACAGGUCUGGGGAAGGGUAUCAAAAAAUGUGUGCAGCAUUGAAGAUGCUGAGCAAUCAGGUGAGAAGGGCCUUGGUCAGGGAGGUGACCAAGAACCUGAUGGUCACUCUGACAGAGCUCUAGAGUUCCUCUGUGGAGAUGGGAGAAGCUUCCAGAAGGAAAAGCAUCUCUGCAGCACUCCACCAAUCAGGCCUUUAUGGUAGAGUGGUCAGACAGAAGCCACUCCUCAGUAAAAGACACAUGACAGCCCGCUUGGAGUUUGCCAAAGGCACCUAAACACUCUCAGACGAUGAGAAACAAGAUUCUCUGGUCUGAUGAAACCAAGAUUGAACACUUUUGCCUGAAUGCCAAGCCUCACAUCUGGAGGAAACCUGGCACCAUCCCUGCGGUGAAGCAUGAUGGUGGCAGCAUCAUACUGUGGGGAUGUUUUUCAGCGGGAGGGACUGGGAGACUAGUCAGGAUCAGGGCAAAGAUGAACAGAGCAAAGUACUGAGAGAUACUUGAUGAAAGCCUGCUCCAGAGCGCUCAUGGCCUCAGACUGGGGCGAAGGUUCACCUUCCGGCAGGACAACAUCCCUAAGCACACAGCCAAGUUUGAACACUUAUGUAAAUGUAAUAAUUCAGUUGUUUUUAUAUAUAUAUACAUUUUUUAUUUAAAUUUGCAAAAUGUUUAAAAAGAAACUGUUUUUGCUUUAUCAUUAUGGGGUAUUGUGUGUAGAUUGAUGAGAAAAAAAUGAUUUCAUAAAUUUUAGAAUAAGGCUGUAAUGUAACAAAAUGUGAAAAAGGUGAAGGGGUCUGAGUACUUUCUGAAGGCACUGUAUAAGUUAGACAUUUUAGAAAAAUGUAAUAGGAGUGAUACAUAUAAUUUCGGGGGCCACAGCAAAGAGUGCUGUCGUGACUCAGUCCACAACAACUCUGAUGUAAACAACAGGCAAAUAGCAGCAAUCUGAGAUUUCAGCACCACAGUGGUCGUGUCAAAUAAAGCUGAAAUCACUGGGAAAAACAUUUAUACAAGAGGAGGCCUGCACAGGAAGCAAAACCCCUGAAGAGCAUCAACCCAAUGCUUGACUAUUUAGUCAUAUUGAUUACAAUUGUUAAACAUUUUGAACUGUAAAUAUAAGAGACUAAAUCUGAAAAUAGUGAUUCUUUGAAACUGCUCACAGGUACCUUGCCU